AGAGGCUACUAGACAGCUCUUUCUCUGGGCUUUCCUCGUCUUCAUAUCGUCCUAUUGCUAUUGUUAUGACUACACGACCCUCUUGUUGAAUAAUGUUUCAUUGUUGAAUUAACGACGACAUGCUUCCCUCUCAAUCCAAUGGCUCUCCCAAACGAGUCAAUCCUUUCAGUCGCGCCACGCCAUCACCGUCUUCCUCUCCCAGCCAGCAGGCAAGAGGGCUGCGCCCCAAGUCUGCUGUCGUUACAUCGCCCAGUAAAUUUCAAGAGGCACGAGGGCAUUUCCGAAAUGCUUCGUCAGUCUCGCAAGCAUCUGUUUCUCUAGUACCUCGACCCGGAAUUCGCCAGAGAUCGGGCUCGUUGAGGAAUGAUGCUGCAUCUGGGACCUUUGCGCCGGAGUUCAUAAAGACAGAAGAGCUCCGGCGCGGAGCCGAUCAGAUCCGGGGUCUGGAAGGCGACAAUGACUUCUCUGGGAACAAAUAUGUCUGGCUACGCGACCCUGAGAAGGCAUUCGUACGGGGACUGGUGCUGGAGGAAGGUGAAGGUGGUCGGCUGCUAGUUCAGACCGACGAUGGAGAGCAACGAGAGGUCGAAGUCGACCAAGUGGACAAGGUCAACCCGGCGAAGUUCGACAAGGCUGAUGAUAUGGCCGAAUUGACGCAUCUAAACGAGGCCUCCGUGGUUCACAACCUGCAUACCCGAUACCAAGCCGAUCUCAUAUAUGUGAGUAGCUCUAUGAGAUCCCGGAUUCCAUGCCCAUUGAAUCUAACUUAUCAUUUGUUAGACAUAUUCGGGUCUAUUCCUUGUCACCAUCAACCCAUACUGUCCUCUGCCAAUUUACUCCAACGAAUAUGUCAAGAUGUACAAAGGACGAAAUCGGGAUGAAAACCGCCCCCACAUAUUUGCUAUGGCGGACGAAGCAUUUCGCAAUUUGGUGGAGGAAGGAGAGAACCAGAGCAUUCUGGUCA